AUUGAACGCCAACGUUAUCACAUUUAGUGAACAAUAUCAUAACUAUCAGAUAAUAUGAUGAAAAUCUUCCUUUGCCUUGCUUGUAUUUUCGCCGCCGUCUCGGCAAUCCCGAGGCCAGCGGUCGAUGAAGUGCAAGUGGCAUCAAAUUACGUGCCCCAACAAUUUAGAAGAGAUUCAAUCCCACUAGAAAUUUUCAGAGAUGUGGCUGUAGCUGAAAACUCAGAUGAAUCUUAUGUUCCUGAAGCUAUCCUUGUUAAAUUUAUAGAUAUCAAACCUCUGCAGCCAGUUAUGGACGAUUUAAAAGAAUUAAUCGAUGAUGCGUCCCGUGCUCUCCAGAUCAAUCCAGAAAUAGUCCAGGUUGCUGAUAUUCCUCAUAAUGAAGGUUUUCAUUAUGAGCCCAUUCAAGUUGCUAAUUUACCAAUUAAUUCGAAUGAUGCGGAAAAAGUGAUGGUGGUGGAUAGCCCUGCAGAGAUCGAGAGUGAUGGUGAAAUUCCUCAAGUAGACUCAGUGCAAGUGGUGGACAAUCUUCCUAAGAGUGACGCAGUUGCAGAAAGCAAUGCUGAUGGAGAAGUUGUCAAACGCCCAAUAGACGAAGAGCAGAAUGAAGCUAUUCAAGUGGCAUCUAUUCCCAUUUUGGACGUUAACGUAAAUUCGCCUUCAGAUGAUGAAUUUCGUGCUGUGAAAUUUGUCGACAAUUCGGAAAUGGAUGGAAGCGACACCUUUGUUGCUGUACCAUUAGCACCUUCUGAAUUGGAUUCUCUGCGCGUAAAUUUCGGUGAUGUUCAUGAAGAAGAGCCUGUGAAUGAAAAUAACGAGAAGUUUUCUUAUUAUCCACUAAGACUGUAUCCCGACCCACUUUUACGUUAAGUUACCUAAGUACUUAGUUGGUAAAUUUUCAUACUUUUGAAUCAUUAUAAAUU